AUGACGAUUGAGGGCAUUCCCAAAGAAAUGAAGGCGGUUCAAGUAGUAGAGUUCCACAAACCGUAUAAAAUCCACCAGGUACCUACUCCGACACAGCUCAAGGAUCAUGAAAUCCUUCUGAAAACUGUCGUUGCAUCUCUCUGCCACACUGAUUCCAUGGUCACGGCGGGCAAGUUUCCCACCAAGCUUCCGUGUACAGCUUCUCAUGAAGGGACCGGCAUCGUCAAGGCUGUGGGGUCUAAAGUCACCAACUUCAAAGUCGGAGAUCGCGUUAUGUCUGGAUUACCUAAAGGACCUUGCGGAUCUUGUGUGAAUUGCCAAAAGAACGAUUGGCGCCAGUACUGUGAGAACAUCGAAGGACACAUUGGAGUAUUCGUCGAUGGAGCUUUUGCCGAGUACCACGUGGUCGAUAGUCGAUCAAGCUGUCACAUCCCUGAUAAUGUCAGUUUCACAAGUGCCGCUCCACUGGCGUGUGCUGGUUGCACCAUCUAUCGAGCAAUCAUUGUCAGUGAGGUCAAGAAGGGGGAUUGGUUGGCCAUUGUUGGGGCAGGUGGCGGCCUGGGCCAUUUGGGCAUCCAAUUCGCUCGGGCCAAGGGCAUCAACAUUGUCGCAAUCGAUGCUCGUGAUGAAGGGCUGGAGCUCUGCAAGAAAGCCGGCGCCGAGCAUAUCUUUGACGCAAGAGAAGGCAACGAAAUAGUGGUCAAAAAGAUACAAGACUUGACAGAUGGGCUUGGUGUUCACGCCGCCAUCAAUGUGAGUGAGCACGAGACCUCGGCGGAUCUUGCUUGUGAGGUCACGAGAAUGCAUGGUUACAUGAUCCAAGUGGCGCAACCUGAUCGAGUGAGCAUUGCUUUUCAGCAACUGAUUUUCCGUGAUAUUCAAGUCAAGGGUACUUUGAUUGCAGGUCAGGAGUACAGCCAGCAGAUGCUGCAUGAUGUUGGCAAGCACAACAUCAAGGUGGAAACCAAUUUAUUUUAUGGCUUGGAAGAAGUUCCUAGGAUGGUGGAGCUUUCUCAUAGCGGAAAAAUGAAGGGGAAAGCUGUCUGCGUGGUAGAUAACGAUGAAUUGAAAAAGGAGAAGGUCAGUUCUUCCUAA